AUUUUAAUUUUCUUUAAAUCUAUUAAAACUUGAUACUCAAUGAACCUUUAUUACAAUCUUAGAUUUGUUUAGUUUUAUAUGAACUAGUUGUAAUGUAAUCUAUCAAUGUAUUAAAAUAAAAUUCAAAUCUAUUAGAGGUGUUUUCUGGGUGGCACCCUGUUAAAAAUGGCAACACUGUAUACUACUGUCAAAUGGGAAUUUAUCGAUGUCAUUUCAGUACUCGAUGUAAUUAUUUAUAAAUAUACAACAUGUUCUUGUGUUAAAAUGACAUAAUAGAAUUAACAUAUUAUUAAAAGUCAAAUAUGGUGGCAGCUUUGUUAUUAUUAUUAUUAUUUGGAAAUUUGCAACGAGGAGAUGGACAAGGUUUCUGCGGUCCUUAUAACGGUAAAAUUUGCAAGAAAUAUGUUGAUAACACGAAAAAUGUGUGGUACAAUAACUCCGGAGGAUACGAAAACGAAGAAAUUACAAGUAAAUUAUGGCAAGAAAUAUUAAUAACUUAUGAAGAGCCAUGUAGAAGUGCUGCAGAAAAUUUACUUUGUACCUAUGCUUUUCCUGAAUGUAAUGUUGAUCAACCCUUGCCUUUGUGCUAUGAAGACUGUGUAGCUGUUAAAGAAUUAUUCUGUUAUAAAGAAUGGGCAUUCAUUGAGGAAAAAAAGAAAAGUGGUGUUAUUAUACAAUCCAGAGGACAUUUUCGAUUACCUGAUUGUAAUGAAUUGCCUAAACAUAAUAAAGAGUCUAAAAAUGUGACAUGUGCUUAUGCAGGUUUGGUUGAUAUGAAACCAGAUGAGGUAACUUAUGAUUGUGUGAAAGGCCGGGGUAGAUUUUAUCAAGGAAAAGUAAACAUGACCAGUAAUGGAAUACCUUGUCAAAGAUGGGAUUCACAAAUCCCCCAUUCUCAUAAUUCACCUCCAAACAUAUUUCCAGAGUUAAAAGAUUCUGAAAACUACUGUAGAAAUGCUGGAGGGGAGGAAAAACACCCAUGGUGUUUUACAACUAAUUCUGAGUUUCGAUGGCAGUAUUGUGACAUUCCAAGGUGCUUAAACUCAUCUGUGGAGGAUGGUGGAAAUAAAAGAAUUGUUAUGGACAAGUUUUUAAAUCCAACUUCAAUUAUUCUUUUAUCUUCAGCUGGUUUACUUUUAAUAACAAUGCUUCUGCUCCUUGUAUUGGUUGUACAACAGGUAUAUCGUCGUCAUCAUGUUCUUGGAUACAAUAGUCCUCAAACUGAAGAAGUAAAUAUUGAUUUGGAUAAAUUGCCUAGCAAUGUAGCAUAUCAUCGACAUGGAGUGGCAUUGAAUCCAAAAUUAGAAAAGUUAGAAUUCCCCAGAAAUGACAUAAUUUACAUACGUGAUUUAGGACAAGGAGCAUUUGGAAGUGUUUUCCAAGCUAAAGCUCCUGGUUUAAUUGCUACUGAAGAAUUUACAAUAGUUGCUGUCAAAAUGUUAAAAGAUGAUGCAUCUGAGGAUAUGCAAGAUGAUUUUGAAAAAGAAGCUUGUCUUUUGGCAGAGUUUGAUCAUCCAAACAUAGUGAAGUUGUUGGGAGUAUGUGCUGUAGGAAGACCAAUGUGCUUACUAUUCGAAUAUAUGGGUAAAGGAGACUUAAAUGAAUUUCUUAGACAAUGCUCACCAAGCAACUAUGUUGUGCGCAGUGUUGUUGAUGGAGAAUAUCCAAAUAGAGAAAUUUACAAAGAUGUUCAUUUGACCCAUUUGGAUCAAAUAAAUAUUGCACUUCAGAUUGCUGCUGGGAUGGUUUAUUUAUCAGACAGGAAAUUUGUGCACAGAGAUUUGGCUACAAGGAAUUGUUUGAUUAAUGAAGAAAUGGUUGUUAAAAUUGCUGAUUUUGGGCUUUCUCAAAAAAUUUAUUUACAAGAUUAUUACAAAGGCAGUGACAGGGAUGCUAUCCCUGUUAGAUGGAUGCCAUUAGAAAGUAUUUUGUAUAAUAAAUAUACACCUGAAUCUGAUGUUUGGGCAUUUGGAGUAUGUUUAUGGGAGAUCUUCUCCUUUGCAUUACAACCUUAUUAUGGAAUGACUCAUGAAGAAGUUAUAAAGUACUUAAAGGAUGGCAAUGUUUUACAAAGCCCAGAUUCAACCCCUGCACCAGUAUAUGAAGUUAUGAAAGAAUGUUGGGCACAGAAACCAAUUGACAGACCUACAUUUCGAACAAUCCACCAGUUGCUUACCAAUAUCCAUACAAACAUGCUUUCAAUGCCAAAUCAUUAAAUUUUUAUCCUUAAUAUUAAUGUAAAAUGGAAUAUACUAUAUAAUUACAGAGCUAUAAAUUUAUUAUUGUAUGACAAUAAUAGUCACAAUUAUCUCAUUUUGUGGUUCAAUUGUAUUGUAUGUUCUAUUAAUGAAAGUAAAUGUAUCUAAUUUUUUGUGAUACAUGUCAUGUCCAUAUUUUAUGAAUGUUUUGUGUAAGUGAAAUUUCCUUUAGACUGGAUGUAUUCAUUUAUAAUAGGAAUAAGGCUAAAAGACUGUAUUUUUUUCCAAAAAUAUUAACAAUGAUGUCUAAUUAUUCCAAGUUUAGUAUUGUAAUGAACAUUUUUACCUCUCCACUGUUUCAUGUGAUUUUUAUACAGGGCAUAGUAAUGUAUUUAAUGUUUCUAAAAUGAUAAAGUAGUCAAUAUGGUGUAAAGAAAUUGAAACAGUUUGCAGCUCACUUGAAACAUUAAAUAACAUUUUUCAUGUUCAAUUUAUACUGUUGUUGACAGAAUUUCGUGUUUAUUAAGUUCCUUUUAUAUUCAUCUGAUUCUACCAAAAAUUAGGUUAAGGUUUUAGAUAAAAUUUGAAGUUUAGUUUUAUAUAUUUUUUAACGUUUAAAUAAAUUUUGUAUUGAAAUUCAA